GACGUCACCUUCCUGAGCCGGAAGUGUGUCGGCUCGCUGGCGGGAGGCUCGGGGCCAGCCAUGUGGGUUGCCGCGCUGGCGUGAGUGAUGCGCUGGCUGCUGCCGCUGUCCCGCACAGUGACACUGGCCGUCGUGCGCGUGAGGCGAGGAGUUUGUGGGCUCGGGAUGUUCUAUGCGGUGAGGAGAGGCCGCAGGACCGGAGUCUUCCUAAGUUGGAGUGAGUGCAGAGCACAGGUGGACCGGUUUCCUGCUGCCAGGUUUAAGAAAUUUGCCACAGAAGAUGAUGCCUGGGCCUUUGUCAGGAACUCUUCAAGCCCGGAUGGUUCAAAAGGGCAGGAAAGUGCACAUGAGCAGAAGUUACAGGUGAAGACCAGCAAGCGGCCUCGGGAGCCUCUGGGUGAAGGGGAAGAGCCUCCAGAGCCAGGGGCAAAGCACACAAGACAGGACACAGAGCCAGCUGCUGCAGUGAGCAAGGAUACAUUUUCUUAUAUGGGAGAGUCAGUUGUUGUCUACACAGAUGGCUGUUGCUCCAGUAAUGGACGGAAGCGGGCACGAGCAGGAAUCGGCGUUUACUGGGGACCAGGCCACCCCUUAAAUGUAGGUGUAAGACUUCCGGGGCGACAGACAAACCAGAGGGCUGAGAUCCAUGCAGCCUGCAAAGCCAUCACUCAAGCCAAGGCUCAGAAUAUCAGCAAGCUGGUCCUGUACACAGACAGCAUGUUCACCAUCAAUGGGAUAACUAACUGGGUUCAGGGCUGGAAGAAGAAUGGCUGGAGAACAAGUACAGGGAAAGAUGUGAUCAACAAGGAGGACUUCAUGGAGCUGGACAAGCUCACCCAGGGCAUGGACAUCCAGUGGAUGCACAUUCCUGGUCACUCAGGAUUUGUGGGCAACGAAGAAGCUGACAGACUGGCAAGGGAAGGAGCGAAGCAGUCGGAGGACUGAGCAGUGGUUGCUGCCCUCUCAGACUGUGCCGUGCACGGAGAUGUGCAUGGAGGACACAGUGCGACCUGUGACACAGCUUGAUGAGAAGAGCUUAAAUAAUGGAAAGGAAGUGUUGAGUCCCGCUUCUGUGAGAUUUCAGGGUUUGUGCCUUUUGGGUCUGUCCCAAAAUGCUCCAGCUGGAUUUUAGUAGAAGUCAGUGAGACACUAGUCGGUAUGAGUAGCCUAAAAGUUUCAGAAGGUUCAUUUUCCUUCCAGUUUGCACAAGUGCAAGACUCUUUCCCCCACACUGCCCUGUGCCUCUGUGUGCAUCAGAGAUGAUGUGGCCAUGUGGGACCUGAGGCUGCCUUGGGCAGACAGAGCCCGUACUCAGGUGACCUGGACUCCUGGAUCACCUUGAAGGAACAGCUUUAAGACCAAGAUGCAUAAAUAUAUUGCUAAUAGAUUUCUUUGCCUAUUUUUUUUUCUUAAAAAUACUGUAUAAAUUUAAAACAUGUUUGAAAUUAUCUUUAUUUUUAUAAUAAAAGUAUACAGGAAUGACACA